AUGGCCGCGCCUCAGAUUCCCAACCUCAACACAUUCCGCCGAGGACGAGGCCGAGGUCGUGGAACAGGUCAUGUUGAGAAUGGUCCUGGUCACCCGACAGGAAAGGAUCGCGUCGUUCAGGGCACCGACAAUGACGCCAGCGUCUCUCGGAUGAGCGCCGUUGAGCUGAGAUACCUCGACGAUCCCUACGCGACAGCUCUAACGCCCUCUGGCUCAGUGACCAGGAGAUUCCCGAUCAUAAACAGAGGGACCUACGUCCGCACCACCGCAAUCGACCGGCUCGUCACCCGCUUUCUCAGCCCCUACUCUCCAGAAGCUCCCAUACGCAAGAAACAGGUCAUCUCGCUAGGCGCUGGCUCGGACACGCGAAUCUUCAGACUCUUUUCUGCACGCCAACCUCCAGACAUCGUCUACCAUGAGCUCGACUUCGCUGUUAACACGGCCACAAAGAUUCAGGCAAUCCGAUCAACACCUUCUCUGCAAAGGGCACUCGGGCUAGACUCGUCCAGAGAUAACGUGACAGUCUCCGAAGCGGGCGAUGCACUACACUCGCCCUCAUACCACAUCCAUCCAGUGGACCUACGAUCGUUGUCGGCGGAUAGCUCCCUCUCCGAAACACUUCCAGGCGUCGAUAGAGAACUGCCCACUCUGCUAAUUUCAGAGUGCUGUCUUAUCUACCUAUCCCCAACGGAAGCCGCACAAGUGGUCUCUUUCUUCACGGAACAUGUUUUCGGUCCGUCGAGUGAAGCGACUGCUGGAGAGGAUACGCAACAAUGCUCGCAAGCCCCACUUGGUUUGGUUCUAUACGAACCCAUUCGCCCUGACGAUCCGUUCGGUCGCACGAUGGUAUCUAAUCUCGCCGCGCGAGGUAUCCAACUCCAGACUCUGCAUAAAUACGCUUCAUUGGAAGCGCAGCGAGCACGGCUGCGGGAGCACGGGCUUUCCAGUGGUCAGGCAGCGGCCGACAUCGAUUUCAUUUGGGAGCGUUGGGUAAGCGAAGAGGAGAAAGAGCGGGUUUCCAGUCUUGAAAUGCUGGAUGAAAUGGAAGAAUGGCGCUUACUUGCGCGACAUUAUUGCAUUGCCUGGGGAUGGCGGGAUGGAAAUGAUGUCGAGGCUUUUGAAGGGUGGUCAACCAUUCAGGCCCAGCCGGGCGAGUAA